AUGAAGUUUCUCUACCUCUACGCUCUCCUCAUCUUGGCUUUCGCCAGCACCGCCUCUGCUGACGAUCUUCCGUGCAAAAUUGAUGGAAACGAUGUUACCAGAGUUGGAGCUCACGCUCUGUGUUUUGCGCAGUGUCGAGUCAAGGUUUCCUUCUUUUUCAUCAACAUUCAAUUAACAUAAAAAUAUGCAUAAAAUAUUUUUAAUCUUUCAGAGCUGCCUGAUUGGAAAGUGCAAGAGAGACAGGUGCGAGUGCGGUAUGUGCAGGAAUGGCGGCAUUUUUUCUCUCCCCGGAUUAAUCCCCAGUUUCGGCUAA